GGAAUCCGUGGCUGGUCGGCCGGCGAGGCGCUCUAGGCCGAGCGGCUUUCGUCUCUAUGACCCCAGGAGGCGGUCCCCGGUGUCCUGCGCAGCGCGCGCGAAGGGGGCGCGCGUCAGUUCCGCGCGGUGCUGUCGGGGAACCAUGGCUCCUCAGAGAGAAAAUGUCAAUUUAUUAUUCAAGUUAUACUGCUUGGCAGUGAUGACCCUGGUGGCUGCAACUUACACCAUAGCUUUAAGAUACACAAGGACAUCAGACAAAGAACUCUACUUUUCAACCACAGCCGUGUGUAUCACAGAAGUUAUAAAGUUAUUGCUAAGUGUGGGAAUUUUAGCUAAAGAAACUGGUAAUCUGGGUAGAUUCAAGGCAUCUUUAAGAGAAAAUGUCUUGGGGAGCCCCAAGGAACUGAUGAAGUUGAGCGUGCCUUCCUUAGUGUAUGCUGUGCAGAACAACAUGGCUUUCCUGGCUCUCAGCAAUCUGGAUGCAGCAGUAUACCAGGUGACGUACCAGUUGAAGAUUCCUUGUACUGCUCUAUGUACCGUUCUAAUGUUAAACAGGACGCUCAGCAGGUUACAGUGGAUUUCAGUUUUUAUGCUGUGUGGAGGAGUCGUCCUCGUACAGUGGAGACCAGCCCAGGCCACAGGCGUCGUGGUGGAACAGAAUCCAUUAUUAGGGUUUGGUGCUAUAGCUGUUGCUGUAUUGUGCUCAGGAUUUGCAGGAGUGUAUUUUGAAAAAGUUUUAAAGAGUUCUGACACUUCCCUUUGGGUGAGAAACAUUCAAAUGUAUCUAUCAGGGAUUGUUGUGACAUUAGUUGGCGUCUACUUGUCAGAUGGAGCUGAAAUUAAAGAAAAAGGAUUUUUCUAUGGUUACACAUAUUAUGUCUGGCUUGUCAUCUUUCUUGCUAGUGUUGGAGGCCUCUACACUUCUGUUGUGGUCAAGUACACAGACAACAUCAUGAAAGGCUUUUCUGCAGCAGCAGCCAUUGUCCUUUCUACCAUUGCUUCAGUGAUGCUGUUUGGAUUACAGAUAACACUCACCUUUGCUCUGGGUACUCUUCUUGUAUGUGUUUCUAUAUAUCUCUAUGGAUUACCCAGACAAGACACUACAUCCAUCCAACAAGGAGAACCAACUUCAAAAGAGAGAGUCAGUGGUGUGUGAUUUUUAGCCUCAAAAGAGAUUCCUACUAAGAUUAAACCAUUUGCAUUAAACUAGAGCCUUAAGUCAAUCCCAGAAGGUAGCUUAAAAAAAACAAUCAAAAACUGUGUCGUAUAAGCAUUAAGAAGAAAGCUAUGUGAGCGUAUUGCUACAAAGAUUUAAUGUGGCCUGUUUGGAAUCAACCUGUUUUGUUUUAGAAUGAAGGAUUUUUAUUAUUGUAUAUAUAGUGUACAUAUAAAGUAUGGAGAUGAUGUGGUAUUAAAAAAAAUCAUGCAAGGCUACAAUAUUUAAUUAACAAGGUUUGGGAUUAUGUUAAGGGUUAAAGUGCCAAAGCCAUUUCUGUACUAACUGUUCUCUUGUGCAGGUACCAGGGGAGAAGGGUGACCCGUCCUUAUUCUCCAGUGCAUGUACAGUAUUUGGUCCCAGCAGCAGUAAAGACCUAGCUCUUUUCUUACAAAAGAGAGGCAAAAACAAGACAGGCUAGUUCAGAAACAAACUGAAUAUAUAACUUCUCAAACUGAAUCUAUUUCGUAACUCAGACAAUGAUUUCUGGGUGGUGACUGAGUACUCCUCUAAAGUGCUGUAUUUGUGCCAUUCAUUGUCUGGAUUCACAUUUCUUUGCUCUUAGAUGAUAUACUUUUCUUCAAAAAAUAUUUCUAAUGUCACUUUUGUACUUUUUUUUAUGAAGUAUGUUUAACUGUUGAGCUCAAUAAUUUGUGAAAUUUCAGUGUUUUUUAAAAAAAAUUUCUAUAAUGUUAUGGGAAAAUUCAGCAAUAAACUUAAUGUAUUUAUAUGAAA